UUCUCCUUCUUCCAGUCUCACAACAGUGUUCCCUCCAUUUUCCGCCGCAUCCUCGGUCGCCGCAACCGCCAAUCCCUAUUCGACGACCACCGCCGCCGGGCGAUCCGGCGCUUUCCUCCCCGUACGGACCCAACCUGUAUGGCCGGGAAAGCCUCCUCCGUGGAGCGCGUGAAGGACCGUGCCACCGGCCUCGACAAGUUCGUCCUCCGCGAGGCCCGCGGCAGCUCCGCCGAGGUAUUCUUGUAUGGAGGCCAAGUAACCUCUUGGUACAAUACCUAUGGAGAACAGCAGCUUUUUGUCAGCAAGAAGGCUUCUUUCAAACCACCAAAAGCGAUUCGUGGAGGCAUACAAAUUUGUUUUCCUCAAUUAGGGAACCACGGAGUUCUUGAACAGCAUGGAUUCGCGAGGAACCGGUUAUGGAGUGUUGAUGAAAGUCCUCCUCCUUUUCGAGAUACCACUUAUGACUGUCAUAUCGACUUGAUACUCAAACAGUCUGGAGAUGAUUUGAAGAUCUGGCCACACAGUUAUGAACUCCGUUUGCAAGUUGCUCUUAGUCCAAGGGGAGAUCUGAUCCUCACAUCUCGAAUAAAAAAUAGCAAUGCCGAUGCCAAGCCAUUCCAGUUUUCGUUUGCAUACCACACAUAUUUCUCAGUCUCUGAUAUCAGUGAAGUAAGGGUUGAGGGUUUGGAUACCUUGGACUAUCUUGAUAACCUGCAAUCGAAGAAACGUUGUACUGAACAAGGCGAUGCAGUUGUAUUUGAAUCUGAAGUGGACAGGGUAUAUUUGAGUGCUCCACCAAAGAUUGUGACCAUUGACCAUGAGAAAAAAAGGACAUUUGUUUUAAGGAAAAAGGAACUUCCUGAUGUUGUUGUUUGGAACCCAUGGGACAAGAAAGCAAAAGCAAUGCCAGAUUUAGGGAGUGAGGAGUACACAUGCAUGCUAUGUGUAGGGGCGGCUUGUAUUGAGAAACCAAUUACUUUAAGGCCUGGUGAAGAGUGGCAAGGAAGGCAGGAAAUUUCCUCUGUUCCAUCCAGUUACAGCAGUGGACUGUUGGAUCCUGAACAGUUUCGACAGAUGCAACAUAUCUGAUUUUUUGGAUGAUUGAACGAGAUGAAGUGUCUCCAGUGUCAAUAAGAUAAUCUGAACGGACUUCCAGCUUUCCCUUUCGUGUUCCAGUCCAAGUUGCCUGUAGUUUUUCUGGAGCAGCAUUGGAUUUAAAAUCUUCAUUUUGUGUUAUUAAAGGAAAGAUCGGUGGAGAGUUUUUAUUUGUUUUGUGGGACUUUUAUGUGUCAUUCGUAAUCACCUUCCAAAAGUAGGCCGAUUUGACUUGCAGUA